CAUCAGCGUGCGCCGCGCACAUGUACAUUACAACGUGGGUUCCAGGAAGGCAGAAACAAGACCUUGCUGGGGACUGAUCAUGGCGGAACCGAGCCAGAAAGAGACCAAGAAGAAGCCGCUGAUCAACAGCAGGAACGACCCCGUGAAGAACUUCGAGAAGUGGAAGAAGAAAUACAGCAAGAAGAAGGAUAAGUGCAAGGCCCACAGGAAGCAGAACAAGAAGCCCGAGUGGCAGGUGGAGAAGGAGACCAUCAACCGGCUGGAGGAGCGAUACUCGGAGAUCAAUACCAGCGAAAUUGAGAGAUUCUCAGAUUUUCCUUUGUCCAAAAAGACCCUGAGAGGUUUGGUGGAAGCCCAGUACCGCUUACCUACAGAGAUCCAGAAACAGACAAUAGGCUUGGCCUUACAGGGGAAGGAUGUUCUUGGUGCUGCCAAAACUGGUUCUGGGAAAACCCUGGCCUUCAUUAUUCCAGCUUUGGAAUGUUUGUACCGCCAGCAGUGGACGUCCGACGAUGGACUUGGGGUCCUGAUCAUAUCACCCACUCGAGAGCUGGCAUAUCAAACGUUUGAGGUUCUGAGGAAAGUUGGGCGGAACCAUGAAUUCUCAGCUGGGCUUGUCAUUGGUGGAAAGGAUUUAAAGCAAGAGACAGCGUGCAUCCACAGGACAAACAUACUGAUUUGUACCCCUGGACGGCUCUUGCAACACAUGGAUGAAACGUCUUUCUUUCAUGCAUCUAAUCUUCAUAUGCUGGUGCUUGAUGAAGCGGACAGAAUACUGGACAUGGGAUUUGCAGACACAAUGAACGCAAUCAUAGAGAAUCUCCCUAAGAAACGCCAGACUCUCCUCUUCUCUGCAACACAGACAAAAUCUGUCAAGGAUCUUGCGCGCCUCAGCUUAAAAGACCCCGAGUAUGUGUGGGUGCACGAGAAAGCCAAAUUCAGCACCCCUGCCACCCUGGAACAGAACUAUAUUGUCUGUGAGCUACAACAAAAAAUAAACUUGCUCUAUUCUUUUAUACGAAACCACCUGAAGAAGAAGAGCAUUGUUUUCUUUUCAAGCUGCAAGGAGGUGCAGUACUUGUUCCGUGCGUUCUGCAGGCUGCGCCCUGGCAUUCCGGUACUGGUUCUGCAUGGCAAGCAGCAGCAAACUAAGAGAAUGGAGGUUUACAAUGACUUUAUACGGAAGAAAUCUGCGGUGCUGUUUGCUACAGACAUUGCAGCCAGAGGGUUAGAUUUCCCAGCCGUCAGCUGGGUGCUUCAGCUCGACUGCCCUGAAGAUGCCAAUACAUACAUUCACAGAGUCGGAAGAACAGCCCGAUACAAGGAAGGAGGAGAAGCCCUGCUUGUUCUAUUGCCCUCUGAAGUGAAAGGAAUGGCCAAGCAACUAGAGGAAAAGAAAGUUCCUAUUAAUGAAAUUAAAAUUAACCCUGAGAAGCUGUUGGACGUGCAGGGCCGUUUGGAAGCUUUCUUGGCCCAGGAGCAAGACUUAAAGGAGACAGCACAAAGGUGCUUUGUCUCCUACCUGCGCUCCGUCUAUUUGAUGAAGAACAAGGAGGUUUUCGAUGUUUUCAAGUUGCCCCUCACGCCGUACGCCCAGUCCUUAGGCCUUGCAGUUGCUCCACGGGUUAGGUUCCUCCUCAAAGCUCAGGCAACAUCUGCAAGCAAAGAAGACCCUGGCACUACAAGUGAUCAAGAAAUAGAAGCGUUCAAGUCAAAGCUUGGUGGUAAGGAAGAGGAUGACCAAAGCAGAGAUGAUACUGACAAAGUAAAUUCUUCAGCAGAAGAGAGUGAUCCAGAAGAGGAUGAUGAGCAAGAGCUCUCAGACAGCCUAAAGCAAACCAGUUUGCAGUUUAUGAAUGAGGAUGAGGACGACGAUGACUGUCGAGAUGUUGACAUCCUCACAGUGAAACGGAGAGAUGUUUUUGGCAUCGAGGAUGGCAGCUUCACACUGGAAAAUGAGAUGACAAAAUCCAAGCUGAAAAAAACCGAGAAAGUAACCAAAGCAAAGGAGGCUAAGAAAGUCCUCAAGAAGAAAUUUCAAGUUAACACCAAAAUUGUCUUUGCCGAUGAUGGAGAGGUGAUGCAGCAGUGGCCCCAAAUGCAGAAAACUACAGUGAAUGACACAGAAGAGGAGGAUGAAUCCAGUGGCAUCAAUCUAGCAAAGGCAAAAGAGCGCCUGACCGAGGAGGAUAGGUUUGACAAAGAAGCUUACAGGAAAAAAAUCAAGGAGAAGCACAGGGAGAAGAGGCUUAAAGAGAAGGCGGCCAGAAGAGCAGCCAACAAGAAAGAAUCCGAGGAAGAGGAUGAAGCCGUGGCUUACCUUGACCGUGACGGUAGUGAAGAUGAGCUUGACAUCAGUGCUCUUCCUGAUCCUGACAAAUACAAAGACAUGGAGGAAAGUGAUGUUGGAUCUGCAGAGGAAAGUGCAAGUGACCAUGAAGAAGAGCGCCCAAAGAAGAGACCAUACCCAAGCCUUGCCGGAAACCAAGCUGAAAAGUCUGUAGGCAUUAAAAAGAAGAGGGUAAAACAGAACUCCGAGGAGGACUUUGAGCCUCUUAACACUGGACUUUCUCUGGCAGAGGAUGAGGAGCUUGUGCUGCACCUGCUAAGCAACAACUGAUUGUCUAUGGUCUAAAUCACCUUCAUUGAUGCCACAGCUCUUUCCAUAUAAUAUAUAUAUAAUAAGGCUAUUUCCUGUUCAAUAUGUCGUAUAUCUAAAAUAAAUAGUCAGUAAUAGCUCUGUAUCUUCCAUAUUGUGAUAUGAGACAACAAUAGAAGGGAAACAAUAGAAGAAGGAUGGAUUUUGUAGAGUUAAUGAACUACAAGUGACAUGUCCGCUCAGCCAUUGGGAUUGUCAGGCCGAUAUUAUAGAGCCAUUGCUGCAUCACUUGGCCUUAUACUGAGGCUGCUGUCCAAAUUCCAUUUCUUCAGGGUCCAAAUGUGCCUUAGGAUUUGUUAUAAGGCAGAAAACACUUGUCUUGGGUAAAAAAAAAAAUGAGAUCAAAACCGCACAUUAUGUUAUGUAGCAAUUUCCAAAUAUUAUAGCUUAUAAAUGAAGUAUGUCCAACUGGCAGAUAUCACAUAGUUGUGAGAAUAAAACUCGCCAAUUAUUUGGAAUUCUAUUUUGGAAUUUUUCUCCCUCCCCUUUGCCAUAUCUAUCACCCGUACUUGAUGUAAGGUCUUCCAGCAAAAGGCACUGAGUGUUAGGAAAGAGGGAAAGGCUUCCUUUUAGCAUCGUUUAAACUAAUUGAUAUUACACAGGAGCUACACGUGCAAAUAUGAUCAUUGUUUCCUUUCUAUAAAUACAAGUUUGUUCAAGGUGUUAUUCUCGAGACGUCUGACAGUUGCCAAUGCUGAGUAAAUACGUGUGAAGUGUGACACAGAGAGAAAACAUUUAUAAUGCCACUAUUUAUGUCUCGGUUUUGUAUUUUACCUUUUGAAGUUCAUUAUCAGCAUCUUCUCCAUACAAUUAAAAAGAAAAGUGUUCUUAAA